GAGAGCUACGAGCGUGAGGAGGAGCUUGAGCUUGAGGGUGAUCUACAAUGGCGAAACCCUAGGUUUUUUUUUCCCAUCUUCUUUCUCGUUUCGCUUCUUUUGUGAUUCGUUAUAGAGCCCAGAACCCGAGGAUUGGUGGAUGUUGUUGGAGAUCCGGCGAGAAAUACGCGAAAAGUUCGACUGUAGGUGGUACGAGAAGGAUUUUGAUGCUGCGCGGCGUUGAGGGAGUUCUGAGGAUUUUCGGUACGAAUUGAUGUUAAGAAUUUGAUGCUUUGUGAUUUUAUUUAGCUUUAGUAAAUCGAGGGGUUGUUGUGUUGAAAAAGGAUGGAUUUUCCGGCGUUGAUCCGGGGAAAGGUAGCGGAUCCUGCGGAAAAUCUCGUUCUAGGGCUUUAAACGAGCUCCGGUCGACGAGAAGUUGAGGGUUGGCAACGGAUGACGGGCUUUUUCUGGGAUUGGGAUCUCGGAUAUCGAUGAAAAAUAGCUGGAUAUAUAAUUUGGAAAAAAAAAUCCUUUUUUAAAUGAAAAUAGUAAAAAAAAAAGGUGGGAAUCUUGCGGGCAUCUGGAAAGAUUUGUGCCAAGGGUCUUAGUUAAAGCUCUAAUCUCGAGGAAUUAGUCUUUAUAGUGCUUGCCGCUGUCCGGAUUAUUGAGGUAAAGAAGGGCACUUGGAUUUCGGUAAUGAAGCCUUGCUUUUCUUUCCGUUUCCGUGCCUUUCGAGAUUAUUAAGCCGAGCAGGAGAACAAAGAAUAAAAGCAAGAAAGUGAAAGAAACUGGGUCUCUUCGUUGAUUUCUAGCUGAAAGCGAACUCCUUUUUUGUGUUUGUUCAUUGCUUUUGAGACAUCCAAGCGGUGAAGAUAGUUGUUAGCAAAUUGAAAGACUCUUGUCUGUACUACUUGUUGCCAGCUCUGUCAUUUGAUCCUAUAUAUAGUCUUCGAGUGAUGAUCGCUAUCACUGCUUGCAAGGAAGGGAAGCCGGGGAUGGACCCUGGGAAGUAUGUUCGCUAUACACCGGAGCAGGUUGAAGCACUGGAGAGGCUCUAUCAUGACUGCCCCAAGCCAAGCUCCAUUAGAAGGCAACAGCUCAUCAGGGAAUGCCCCAUUCUGUCCAAUAUAGAGCCCAAGCAAAUUAAAGUUUGGUUUCAGAACCGAAGGUGUAGGGAGAAACAGAGGAAGGAGGCUUCACGGCUGCAGGCGGUUAACAGGAAGCUGACGGCGAUGAAUAAGCUGUUGAUGGAGGAGAAUGAUCGGUUGCAGAAGCAAGUGUCACAGCUGGUGUAUGAGAAUGGCUACUUUCGGCAACAGACACAGAGUGCUGCAUUGGCUACAACUGAUACUAGCUGCGAGUCAGUGGUAACUAGUGGUCAGCAUCCACUGACCACUCCUCAGCAUCCACCAAGAGAUGCUAGCCCUGCUGGACUGAUGUCCUUGGCAGAGGAGACUUUAACAGAGUUUCUUUCAAAGGCCACUGGAACUGCCGUAGAGUGGGUCCAAAUGCCUGGGAUGAAGCCUGGUCCGGAUUCCAUUGGAAUCGUUGCUAUCUCACAUGGUUGUACUGGUGUGGCAGCACGAGCUUGUGGCCUUGUAAGCUUAGAACCUGCAAAGGUAGCUGAAAUCCUUAAAGAUAGACCAUCGUGGUUCCGCGAUUGUCGGUCUGUGGAUGUCAUAAACGUACUGCCUACUGGCAGUAAUGGAACCUUGGAGGUGCUUUACAUGCAGCUAUUUGCUCCCACCACUCUGGCACCUGCCCGGGAUUUUUGGUUGCUGCGAUAUACCUCUGUUCUGGAUGAUGGAAGUCUUGUGGUAUGUGAAAGAUCCCUUGGUAGCGCACAAGGGGGCCCAAGCAUGCCGGUUGUGCCUCCAUUUGUCAGGGCUGAAAUGCUUCCUAGUGGAUACUUGAUUAGACCUUGUGAUGGUGGCGGCUCUGUAAUACAUAUUGUUGAUCAUGUGGAUUUGGAGCCUUGGAGUGUUCCUGAAGUUAUUCGGCCAUUAUAUGAGUCAUCUGCCAUGCUUGCUCAGAAGACAACUAUGGCGGCAUUUCGUCAACUGAGACAAGUUGCACAUGAAAUUUCUCAUUCUUCUACCACUGGAUGGGGUAGAAGACCUGCUGCUCUGAGAGCAUUAAGCCAGAGGCUGUGCAGAGGUUUCAAUGAAGCACUCAAUGGCUUUACAGAUGACGGCUGGUCAAUGGUUGGCAGUGAUGGUGUAGAUGAUGUCACCAUCCUUGUUAACUCAUCUUCAAGAAUAAUAGCUGGUUUUAAUCCUGGCUUUGCAAAUGGCUAUCCUUCUAUGACCAAUUCCAUCCUCUGUGCCAAGGCUUCCAUGCUUCUUCAGAACAUAUCUCCAGCAAUGCUCUUGCGGUUCCUGCGAGAACAUCGAUCAGAAUGGGCUGACAUUAAUAUAGAUGCCUACUCUGCUGCUGCUGUUAAAACCAGCCCAUGUGCUUUACCAGGAUCGUUUAUUGGAGGCUAUGGCAGUCAAGUUAUACUUCCUUUGGCGCAUACGGUCGAGUUUGAUGAGUUCUUGGAGGUUCUCAAGUUGGAACAUGUUGGCCAUGGUCCAGAUAUCAUGAUGCCUAGAGACCUCUUUCUCUUGCAACUUUGCAGUGGAGUCGAUGAGACUGCUGUGGGUACCUCUUCUGAGCUUAUCUUUGCUCCCAUUGAUGCGUCUUUCUCUGAUGAUGCCCCAAUAGUUCCAUCUGGCUUCCGUAUUAUUCCACUUGAAGCUGGGAUGGAUACAUCCAGUCCUAACCACCGCACACUGGAUCUGGCUUCCACCCUUGAGGUUGGACCAUCUGGAACUAGAGUUCAUGGUGAUAUUUCAGGCAGUUGUGCUGGCAUGAGAUCUGUGGUGACGAUCGCAUUUCAAUUUGCUUUUGAGAAUCAUCUUCAAGAUAAUGUGGUGACUAUGGCUCGUCAAUACGUCCGCAGCAUUAUAUCAUCUGUCCAAAGAGUUGCACUGGCCCUCUCACCUCGUCUUGAUUCUCACUGUGGUCUCCAGUCACCACCUGGAAGUCCUGAACUGGUCUUACUAGCUUGCUGGAUUUGUCACAGCUACAGGAAUCACUCUGGCGUUGAGCUCUUCAAAUCCACAAACGAAGACUGUGAAUCACCUCUCAAAACGCUGUGGCAUCACUCUGAUGCUAUCUUGUGCUGUUCUCUGAAGGCAAUGCCGAUUUUUACCUUUGCGAAUCAAGCUGGCCUUGACAUGCUUGAGACAACGUUGAUGGCACUGCAAGACAUCACACUCGAGAAAAUAUUCGAUGACCAAGGAAGGAAGACCCUGUGCGCUGAGUUCCCAAAUAUACUACAAGAGGGAUUCGUGUGCCUCCAAGGCGGCAUUUGUGUUUCGAGCAUGGGAAGGCCAGCCUCGUAUGAGAGAGCCAUGGCAUGGAAGGUGUUGAACGAUGAAAAGGAAGCUCACUGUAUCUGCUUCAUGUUUGUGAAUUGGUCCUUCAUCUAGUUGUUUUUCACCGGAAAAAAAUCAACGAACUGGCUUUUAUAUAUAUAUAUAUAUAUAUAUAGAUAUAUAUUUGUCUUUCUUAUGAACGUUUCAGUGCUGUGGAUUUUAGUAAUCUCAAACUCAAGUCCUGUUAAAUUAUGUUGAUAUUUAUCCAAGCAGGAUCGAGUAUUUGCCAACUUUUGUUUGAACUGUGAUACAAGUUUGUUGUUAUGUAUCCGGCUUUUGAAACUAUGAUAUUCCCAUAUAAUGGUUUUCUUCAA